AUGGUAUCGAAUGAAACUACAGUACCCCCUCCAAACACUGAGCGAGUCGAGGCAGAACAAGAGCAGGAUGAAUAUGACCACCUGUUUGGGGCUGAACAGGACUCUUUCGAUGCCCCGACGACCACCCGGAAGGAAUUGUGGUCGUACUAUCUCUAUUAUAAUGGCGACAACGGUGUAGGCCCUCUCUCUUAUACCCAGGCAUUAUUCCAAUGGGCCCUAAACGGCUCGGGGUGGCAACCAGGCACAAACCCCAAGAAACCCUGCACCGACUCCUCACCCUGCGUGGUGCCCUGGGCCGGCGGCACACGCAGCGUCUCCUCUGUCGUCUUAAUCGCCAACGGGCUCAGCUUCACCUUCAUGACCAUAAUAUUCGUAUGGUUCGGGAGCGCCGCCGACUACGGCUCCUUCGGGCGGUGGCUGCUCCUUGCGCUGACGAUUGUGUGCUGGUCGCUGCAGUAUGGAAUGUUGGCGAUUCGAGAGCCUGCCCAGUGGCCGGCGGCUAUGGGGAUGUAUAUCGUGACGUAUGUUGCGUACGGCGCGACGCUGGUCUUCUAUGCGGCUGUUUUCCCGAAGCUGGCGAGGUAUAUGCCGCAUGUGAGGAAGGCGCGCGAGGAGGAUUUGAGAGAGGGGAGGAUGGGUCAGGAGGAGUAUGAUGCUGUUGAGUCGUUGGAGAGGAAUCAUAUCUCGAAUAUUUCGACUGCCCAUAGUAAUAUUGGUUACUUGGCUGUGCUGCUUAUCAACCUUAGUGUGCUACUGCCGAUGCAGGGGAACAAUUAUGCGAAUAACUUGGCUAUCUGUUUGACUAACUCAUAUUGGGUCGUCCUAGGAGUAUGGUGGUUCAUAUUCCAGCAAAAGCGACCUGGACCCAAAGUCCCAGAGGGCUCAAGCUAUGCAACUAUAGGCUUCAAGCAGAUCUGGCUUGCGUUGAGAAAAAUCCGUACUCUACCCCAGCUCGUUCUUUAUUAUAUCGCCUACUUUCUCCUCGCCGAUGGGCUAAACACGACUGGGACAUUGGUAUCAAUUAUCCAGAACAACUUUAUCAACUUCUCGUUCCUCCAAUUAACCUACCUUGGGAUUGCCCAGUCCGCAUGCUCGAUUACCUCAACGUUCGGCUUCUGGUAUUUCCAAAAAUACUUCAAAGUCCGGACCAAGCGUAUGUUUCUAUUCACCAAUUUCUUCAGCGUGCUCAUUCCUCUUUGGGGGAUGUUGGGUCUUUGGACACAGCGCAUUGGCUAUCAUAACCGGUGGGAAUUUUACUUUUAUAAUAUCAUAUUCGGGCUUUUUCAAGCUCCAUACUACGCUUACGCCCAAACAAUGAUUAGCGAGCUCAUGCCACCGGGCUACGAUAACAUGUUCUUCGCUCUAUUCGGAAUUACAAACCGUGCCUCAUCCAUAAUCGGCCCCAACGUCAUCCAGGCAAUCAUCAACGAUACUCAGAAUAACUGGAUGGGGUUCCCAUUUCUGUUCGCUGUUUGCGCGGCUGCGAUGAUCGCUAUUGCGUUUGUUGAUGUCGAGAAGGGCCGUGAGGACGGGCGUAGGUUUGUACAGGCGCAUCGAGGGACUGCUGGCCGGGCCCAAACUGGUGUGGCGGGAUCUGAGACUGGGGGGAAGGGGACUCCUGUUCGGACUACUGAAAGGGUUGCUGAAGUUGGAAGCGGCCAUUCAUCGGACAUCGCAAGAGACGAGUGA